GAGAGACAAGAGAGCGGAGACCGGUGAUGAAACUGCGUGGUGGAAGGGGACGGCAACUCACGGAUCCAUGCCAAUUGUUGCGUGCGUGGAAAGAACCGCUGCUCAUGGAGUUUAUUGAGGAGUUACAGAAAGGAAUUACCCUCGGAUGAACCUGCCAUCAGGCUUUUACAAUCAACAUUCUGCCAUCAGCAGUGCCAAACUAUAUUGAUUCAUCCAGGAGCAUUGGAUAAAUGAUAAAACAAUUCACGUCCAAUGCCAACUUUAUUGCUUCAAUUAAUUAACAAUAAUACACGUCAACACGUUUUGUGUUUCUUUGGACAGAAAACUCGACGCUGAAUGCUUUGUUUUUUAUUGUGUCCCAUGCAAUUAACGCGCAUGAUGCUCAGUGAAAAACUUGGGUGUUCAUUCUUUGUUCUCAACUUCUUUCCUCUCUGAAGAACUUAAAAAAGAGUCAUGGUUUGCGUUGAGACAUAGGCUAUCAGUGCUACAUUUUCUUUCACCAAUAACGUUUUUAUUAUUAUUAUUUACCUUUGGGAAUUUCGAUGUCAGAUCGGAAUUUCUGAUGUCAGGCAACAGAUUGCGUCUUUGACAUGGUGACGGGGAUUCAAGCGGUGAACUACUGCAGUUAUUUUCAACGGGUGGCCUUCAGUCGCGGCUAUAUAACGGUUUACUGAGGAGGCAUUUCAAGGAGGCACCUCGCUCUGAACUGUGAUAUUGACUUCAAAGCACGUGCAGUCUUGUUCACGGCAGACGGACGGGACGGCCCUCGUGCGCCCCUAGUCUAGAUGCACGGACUCGCGAGCAACCCUCCCGGCUGCUCAGCAAGAUGAGCGCGUGGCUGUUGCUGCUGCUGUUGCCAGCGUGCGUGCGCUUGGGCACUGCCGAGGGUGAUGUGCUGCCGGCUGCCCUGGUAGAGCUGGUGAGGUCCUCCCCCAUCUCCUCCAUAGAGGACCUGCACCUACUGCUGUUCUCUGACUCCGUAGAAUCAGAUGGACAAUCCCCAGAUGAGCAGCACACCAACCACUCGUACACUCGGCUACCACGCAGUCUGGAGGCCGUCCCGGCUCAGCAGGCUGCGUGUAAGGUGCGUACGGAGGUUGCCGAGGUAACCAGGGCGAUGCUGGACCGCAGCAACGCUAACUUCCUGUUAUGGCCGCCAUGCGUGGAGGUGCAGCGAUGCUCAGGAUGCUGCAACACCAAGAGCCUAGUGUGUGUCCCCGUGCUCACACACACCAGAUACUUACAGGUGAUGCGGAUCCAGUACAUCAGCAAACGGCCGCACUAUGACAAGGUCGUGGUCGCCGUUAGUGACCACGUGGAGUGCCGGUGUGAGCCCGCCCCUCGACCAGCACCCGGAAAGAAAAAACACAGGCAUGGCUCUAAGGAUCGCGCUGGUCGAGGCCCCAGUAAGGAGGAUCUGCAUCAGCAGGACCAGCUGAAGCACCGGCAACGCCUGCACCUGGAGGACCUGCUCAGAGGAUCACCGUGGCAACAAGAGGGACCCGGGCAGCACUUCCUACUUCCUGACAGAGAGGAUCAUGGGAAGAGGGCGCAUGGCCGUGGCAGUCGCCACAACAACAACACCACCACCGCCAUGGCCUCGGAGUCUCAGAGCAUCGGAGACGGCGACAGGGACCGGGAGAGCACAAGAGGCCACCGUCACCGUCACCCGGGAGACGGCAAGAUGAGGAAGGGUUACCAUGGAGUUAACUCAACUGGAACCCCACAGCAUCCAGCAGGGGACCGGUCAGAGGAGACAGGGGACAGUGUUAAGGGUUUAGGAGUCAAGGAAAGAUGGGACAGCACUGAAGGGAAACACACAAAGCAUAAGGAAGUGUGGGUUAAUGAGGGAGGAGAUGGGCACUACUCCUACACACCUGCUCCAGGGAUGGAGGAAGCACAGCAUCGCCACGACCUCAGCAAGAUGGCAAAGGCCAAUAAGAAGCUUGCAAAUCGCCACAGCAGCGAGGAGGAAACCAAUCCGGUGCUUGUGGAGCAGUUAGGGCCCGCCCACAGGCACCAUGCCAACAAAUCGGGAAGCGGCAAUCAACAUCAUGAAGCGGCACAGGCCAAUCACACUCAUGGACAAACGUCAAGCUCUGCAGAGGUGACCAAUACGAAUCGAGAGAGCAAGGGCAGUCCCACGCAAAUGACCAAUCAGUGGACAGAUCAGGGGCCGAGCCCCACGCAGCGGACCAAUGGGAUGCCAGAGUCUGAGAGGAGGUGGGAGGAUGAGCGGCACUCAAUAGAGGAGGAGCGCAAGGAGCUCUUUGUGCUCCACCAGAGACUGGACCAGAAGAAACAACAGCAGGAUGAACGAGAGGAGGACAUGAAGAAGAAGAAGAAAGAAGAGGAGGAGGAGGAGGAGGAGGAGAGGGAGGAGGACCUCAUUAAACAACAGCAGGAGGAGCAGCAUCAAACAACCACUAAGAGGACAGAUGCCGCCCUACCUCAGACAGACACAACCGUCACCAUGGCAACUUCAGAAACAACAACACCAAGGACAUCAUCAUCCUCAUCAUCAUCAACAACAGCUCAUCGGCCCCGGGCCCCAGUCAGGCCAGCCCCUCGACCCCACCCCCACCCUCACCCUAACCACCAGCGCAGGAAGAAGAACAGGCUACGGAAUCGCAUCAGCAAGGCAGCUAUGAGAGCCAUGCUACUCUAGACGCCACACACUAUAAAGGCAACACUGGAUGCUGUGGAUUGCAGCGAUUGGAGGUGAGCUGUGUCGUGCUGUGUUUUUAUUGGAGGAUAGCCGUGCUGUGCCUUGCUCUCAUUGGACGAAAGCUUUGAUGAUCGCACUGCCAUUGGAGGACAGCCUUAGAACUUCCAUGUUGAUGUCGUCCGGUUGUGUUCAUGUGACUUUUCCUGAAGCCACGACCAUUAGCACUAACCCCAUAACCAGAGAAUCGUAUAUGAGAGAGAGAUAAAUCAGGCGGGUUCUUUUCCGGUAUCCACUUUACGUCGGGUGAACGCCCCUUUAGGAGACCUUCGAUUAGGAGACCUUCGGAGUCUUGAGGUUGAGAAUGAAUUGAGUCCCCUUAGCACUGUAGAUGGUGGUAGCGCACGUCUUGUGCAAACACCACGAAAAGAGACGAAGAAGGGACAAUGCCCCCUUAGGAGACCGAAUUUUGAGCACACUCCUUUGCAUUGGAUGGGCGGGUUUUAACAUAUCUUUCUCUCUUAGACGAUAUUUGCCAUAACCUCACACAAUCACAAAAGAAAAAAACUACAUUUCCCAUGAUCCUCCAGGCCACACACCACUACUCACCACUGUCUAUUGUAUGUCACUGCCCUGAGAAGCAAUGUGCCAAUAUAGAUAAAGCCACAAAUCGCAUAGUCCUUCACUCAGUCCCCUAGACACAACACCUUUCGGUGUAUGGCAUUCACCCUUUCAGUUGCACUGUUUUUACCAGCCAAAGAAGACUAGACUUUUGAUGAGACUUUCACAAAGAUGCAGGACAGACACAAGAACAGCAACUCCACGAAGUGAAGUGUCCUUCAUGCAACUGACACACAGGAGUGUCUGUGGCUUUACUGUUUUGUUUUCCGGCAUUGACUCUGGCAAAGGAAGCAAGCAAGAAAAAAAUCUGUAGUCACCUCAUGUUCAACCACUGCAGCGGUUUACAACAUUGUGCUCCAGCGUUCUUUUUGAGUGGCCGAAAUGUGAAACAUUCUGCAACAUUCUGCAACAUUCUGCAAUGCUUUGCAUGUCUUGAACUUGGGGUCUAUCAAUAAGGGAUAAUGGGUGGGGAAUGGACUGAUCAGCCAAUGGCUGGAGGGCAAGGGUGAGUACUGGACUGCACAGCUGUCAGGGAGGAGGAGCAGUGGCAUUUCCUGUUGUGUUCUUUGUCCAAUUGGAGUGUCUCCACUUGUUGCGUAAGCAGCCGCAUUCUGUGAGGCGUACACUCAUGACACAACGAUAGUGCACACGUUAAAAAAAAGUUACGUUUAAGGCAAUUGGACAUUCCCAACUCUAAAAACAAGUUGACUGGCUCAAAAUUAAAAUACAGGAGGGAGAACAGAUGCAAAAUGGAAAAUGGAGAGUGGUAAGCCACAAACGGGUGAGUGGUGGUUAACCAAUCAUCCGACUAAGAUGUACGUAUACAUGUCAACAUAGCUCCGCUAAGAAUCGCAUUAUCAUGGAAAGCAUAGUCCGAUUUCUCAAACUCCAGUUCGUUUGGAUUUCAGCUUGACCAAGGUGUCUACAUGAGUUUGGAGUUAAAACUCCAACUUUAGCCAGACUGAGCCCAUAAUUUGAAUUUCUCUUAGUGCAUGUAUACCUACUGACUUACAUGCGGUUUUAUUGGAUGCACUAUGUCAUCAGACAGCAUGGACUCUUGGGAUACUAGAGGCAUGAUGUGGCAGACCAGACAUGAGCUGUGGAUGACUCAUCUGUGAUACAUUUGUGGCCAUACCUCGGAUGGAUUGGUUGAGACUUUUCGAAGUUGAGAUGUGCUUGUGUGUGCAAUGUAAUGUGUAUGUUUGGUGGUACUGCAGACUGAACUGAGAAAGGGAAUAAGUAAAACUAAGAUUAACACUAACAUGAAGAUAAAAGUAAACUACUCACCCCUAAUCUGAACGUUGUAUGUAAAGCUGUUUUCAUUUGUAUUUUUUGUUGUUAUUUAAGUGAAUCACUGGAAGCCUCACCAAAGAAAUGUACAAUACAAAGGCACACACCCGACAGCCACAGUACACACACACACACACACGCACACGCACACACAAACACACACACACACACACACACACACACACACACCACUAGACUCAACAAUAAGCACGACACACAGCUAAAGAUUCAGCACUAGAUAAGACACGCAGCAAUAAAAAACACCACAGCAUCUUCCAGUGCCAUGAGGGCAAAGCCAGCUUCAGGUUGAUGAGAGACAACCCCUACAGCUGCCAACUGGUCCUGUGGACCUUCAAAACUGUUGUUUUUUUGUCCUGAAGCGACAACUUCAUGAUUGUUCGUAAUUGUGUAAGAGUGGUCAAACAAUUGUUACACUGACCAAAAAGUGAAAUUUUUGAGUGGGACCAAAUGCUAUCGGUAUUGGAGUUAAUUUCAACUCUUUAAGAGCUGUUCAAAACAAACCACUCAUAAGUGUUACGUCCUGAAGUACAAAAUAGCAAGGGACAGGUAUCCUGGUAAACUAAACAAACCUGGGUUGCGUUUCCUGACAGUGUUGUUGUUGACUAAGUUAGCAACCUACUUUGCAAUGCAAUUCCUGUUUGGAUACCAAGUAAGUUGCUAACUGGUUGGCAGGAGAAAUGGGGUCCUGCAUAGCAGCAGAAAGUAUUUUUGCUUCGCGACUUGGUCUGGCACCAUAAUACAGAUCAUUCACAAGGACACAAAAUCGGUCCUGUAAUUACAACGGCUCUAUCUGUGUAACAAGCUUUUUUUCGGUUUGAAUCUGUGUAUCAAGGUUGUUGGCUUGAGUACGCACUCUCAAAAUUCUUUUUUCCCUUGAUUUCAUGGCAGGAUUUCGUUACAUGGAAGGGUUACAUUAGAGAAUCUGAUUGAGGCAAUGGUCGAAAUGUAAUCCUGCCAUGGAAUAAAAAAUCCAGAAAAGAAGGGACUUUUGAGUGUGUAGACUCCUAAAUCUUCAGUCAACCUCUGUCUUGCACCUUUUCCUGGCAUGUGCACAAUUCUCACCCUCAAUUGUUGUGGAGGGCUUAGCACGGUAACAGCUUUGCCAAUGGAGCAGGGGCAAACUAAACUUGUCAGGUUUGCCAGGGUGCACUAGCCAGGCUAAGGAAGGGGUGCACUAGCCAGUCUAGAGUAAGCCAAAUCUCCUUGUCAGUAUUUGUAUUGCGUGGUAUACCCACACUGGUGCUAAUGGUGUUUAUUUAAUAAUUCUUUCCUCAUCACAUACACUACAUACUUAUGCAUUUCCAUGUGUUUCUAUCUGUGUUUGUGUGUGACUGAUGUGCACUAAAUGUGUCCCUGCUGUUUUAUAUAAAAUGUCCAUUAAAAUACAGACCUCCUCAACCAUCUGUCAGCGUUAUGUCGUAGUUGUGUUAACUUAAAGGCAC